GCCACCGCGUGCGCUCCGCGUCCCUCCUGAGUCCGCCAGCCGCCCGCCGGUGCCAUGAAUGCCAAGGUCGUCGUCGUGCUGGCCAUCGUGCUGGUUGCGCUGUGCCUCAGCGACGGGAAACCGGUCAGCCUGAGCUACAGAUGUCCUUGCCGAUUCUUCGAGAGCCACAUUGCCAGAGCCAACGUCAAGCAUCUCAAAAUCCUCAACACUCCGAACUGUGCCCUUCAGAUCGUGGCAAGGCUGAAGAACAACAAUAGACAAGUGUGCAUUGACCCGAAAUUGAAGUGGAUUCAGGAAUACCUGGAGAAAGCUUUAAACAAGAGGUUCAAGAUGUGAGAGGCGCAGGUGGGGUCAGACGCCUGAGGAAGCCUUACAGUAGGAGCCCGGGUCUGAAAGCAGUGUUAGCAAGAGCCCGCAGCGGCUCCCCUGCACCCAGGCAGGGUCCAGUGCAUUUCCAAGGGCUUCGUUUUGCACAGUUUGCCUUACUUUCACCAUUUGAUUAUGUAGCAAAAUAUAUGGUGUUUAUUCUUCAUUUAGUUUGAUUAUCCGAUGUCACUUGUGACAGAUAGGAACUUAGACUAAGGCCGUUAUUUUACUUGCUUUCUUAUAAUAUCUUUCCCAUGGAGCCCCUUGCCUGGCCAGAGGUUCCUGAGUGUUGUAUCUCCCUGAGCUGUGCAGGCUGGGACCCCCGAUCAUCCUGUCCUAGGAUGGAGAGCCACCAGGAGGUAUCAGAGCCAGUCGGCCUGGGCCAAACCCUAGUGAAGGCUGCCCUGUGCAGGGGGUGGAGAAGGGUUAGAUUUAGAGGGCCAGGCAGGAGCCUCACCCUUCCCCAGAGUGAGGGCUGGGGUCUUCCCUUUCGGUGAGCAUGGCAGAGCUUCCCCAAGCUGAGGCAGGCAGGAGUGUGAGGCCAAGGUAGGGGGAGAUGCGCCCCUCAUCCUCAGCUCUUCUCUACAUCCCAUCACGUUCUUCCCAUCAUUCUCUCUCUCAUCCAUCAUCAUGUGUAUCCAAGACUGUCUCCAUCAACCCGGAAAAAGACUCUCUCAAGACCAAAGCUUUAAUUUAAACUGGGCACCAAGAAGCAAAUCAAAAUGUCUCGUGUUACCCGGUUCUGAAAACACUGUGCACAUCUGUGUCUUGUUUGGAAUAUUGUCUGUUGUCCAAUCCUGUGUUCUUGUUCAAAGCCAAUGUCCUCGCUGUGUGCACAGUCACCUCCUUGUAUGCAAAGACUCAGAGUCAGGAGAUGCCUUUUGACCAGGUUUCUGAUUAGGCUGUGAGCCUCUCGGGUAGGCAGCCUGGGUUUCUCCACUGAUCACAAACCCAGGAUGGAUCCGCAGAGCCCAAGGGAAUUCGGUUUGCAGCAGUGUUGACCUGGGAGAUACACCAGCCCUCCAUGCUCCCACAGGUGUCCAUAUCUCGGAACCAUGGGGAGUUUUGUCUCCGUUCGCCAAGCACGUGAUUCUUUUGGCAAUCACGUGAAAAUCAACUCUUUUUUGGUUUUUGAAAACCUGGUCCACAAAACAGUUAAUCCUGGACAUGAAGAUUCCUUCCCAAUUAAAAUCGAACCUCAUCUUUUUCCCCACUUGGCAAUUCCAUCAUUUGCUACCUUGUACAGCGGCCUCUGGACUUGGCCACUAGUGUUAUCUUGUGCUUCCAGAACAUCCAGCAGGGCAUUCCUCUUAGAAAAGGGGAUGUUUGGGAAAGUAGGUUAAAACCUUAACAUGUAGAGUGUUUCCCUUUACUGAGACCAGUUUGUAGACUUGCAUUAAACAGUUUAAAAAUCUCACUUUUCGAACAGGUAGGCACUUGAGGGGUUUUUGCUUAUUGUGCUUUGUUUUACAUUUUGUCUAAUACUUUGCCCCUUUGGUUAAAUAGCCCAGGAAAAAAUUUUAAAGUAAGAAAGCGGAAAAAAAGAAGGGCAAAACUAGGAACUGUAUCCAUUGACAGGACACUGUAAAUAACAUGCAGGAAGUAUAUUAUAGUAAAAUAAUCUUGAAUUAUAGGUGUUUUUAGAUGUAAUAAUCUUUGGGUUAUCAGUAACAUGUUUAAAGCAAUUCCAUAAAUAUUCCUUUAUAUAGGAUCUUCAUGGUAGAAAGACAAUCCAUCAGCCAAACAAAAAUCUGUAUCUUCAAGUCAGCUAUGUUAUAUUGAAUAAAAUAGAGUACAGGAACCUUUAUUAAUUAUAAGGAAUACGGAACUGGUCUCAGGACCCUCUUUUGAAAUUAAACUGUCACUGCAGGUCUCCUGAACUAUACGUGAAAUGAUCGAGUUUCCAGUGGGAUGGGCAUUUUCUAAGUAAUCCAAGAUAUUUAAAACUCUGAUGGAAAAUUUGGAAUCGUCCUCUCCUUUGGAAUCCAUGAACCAGAACCAUUAAAUCUGUUACUCCCAGAAAAACAUGGCCCUAAAUCUUGACUACAGUCAAAUAAAGAAUCAUUCCUUUCUCCCCAAAAGAGGGAAAAAUAGAUAAGAGUAGAAACCACAGGGAAAGUUAUCUGCCUAACAAUUGCCCCACUUGCAAUCUGCUCCUAAACAGAGACUGCCCAGCGAAAGCAAAUAUGCAUUUAAAUAGUCUAUUU